AUCAUCAUCAAUAUCUCGCAGGACUAAAGCCAGACCGCGUAUAAGAUGUCCGGGACGCCACAGGACCAGGCUGAUGUCGAUGCCGUCCUCGCGACAUUUGGUGAUACGUGCGAGGCAUUUAUCCAAGAGCUCGACGACAAAGAAAGAGCUGAAAUCCUUAGGUUCACCUCUGCUGAAGACAUGCUUCAGUCGAUCAAUCAGCUUUCUGAGACUCAUUUCCUUCACCGAUCUCGGUUUACGGCUUGCGCAAAACGGAUACGCCGGUUCAGCGACAAGUUUGGUCCAUACUUCGAGGUAAUAAACAUCUUCGUUCAGACCAAUCCAGAAUACUCUGGGCUGGUAUGGGGGAUACUACGACUGGUAUUCCAACUCGGUACUCAUUAUGUGACCUUCUUGGAAAAGAUCAGCCUUACUUUCGAACAGAUAUCUGUUCAACUGCCAAUAUACGAGCAUGGUGUCAAAUCACUGAAAUCUCUGAAAGACGAGCAUGAUAAGCGACUGGAUCGCCGACUUUUGGUAUCCCUUUCUUGGAUAUACAGCGAUGUCAUGGAAUACUGCUUUGAAGCUUACAGGUUAUUGUCGAGGGGCAAGUCUUUUCGGGAGAAGGCCAGAUUGAUCUGGAAACUCUCGUGGCAACCGUUUGAUGAUCGUUUCGGCCACGUACUCAAACGAUUGCGAUGGCACAAGGACCUUUUCAACCAAGAAGUGCGCGUUGCUCAGAUGGAAUUAGGUGCAACCCAACUUCGGCAAAUGAGGAAUCAGCGCGACCAGUUGGAUCGACUGUAUGCGUCUUUCGAAAAAGAAAUGAUUGAGGCGCAGAGAAUUAGGGCCACCCAGGAACGGAAAUGGGAAAGUGAACAGGAAUCUUUGAAAUCGCAGGUUAUCCAGAGGCUGAAAGACUGGAUAAAUGCCCCAAAUUGGGAAGAAUCUCACGAGUCAGCUUCUUCCCGAAGGCAUGCUGGAAGCACAACGUGGUUCUUUUCGGAGCCAGUGCUCAGUAGCUGGCGGUCUGGAAUAAACGAGUCGUGGGAAUUGAACCAGAAGGCCGAGUGCAACAUUCUGCUUGUUCAAGGCAAGCCAGGGUUUGGCAAGACACACUUGUGCUCCAGUUUCAUUGAUCGUCUCCGUUCUGGGAGCUUCGAGCACCCAGAAAAUCCUCUUACAGACAGCACUAUUUCCGGAAUUUUCUACUACUAUUUCGACGCUUUGAAGCCAUGGACACAGGGUGCUUCGGGAGCUUUUCGAGCCAUUCUCACCCAGGCGUUGCACAACUACCGCAAUGACAAUGAUGCGCUCGAUGCUGCAUGCUUGAUGAUGUACCAUGGAGUUUCUGGUCAAAGAAUAGCGAGCGAAGAUGAGAUUGUGACUCUGCUCCAUUGGUACCUUCGACGAUACCGGAAUGUGGUGCUGGCAUUCGAUGGCCUCGACGAAGCCGAUGAUCUCAAACACUUUUUCAAGUGCCUUCAACUUUGUUUGUCGGAGUUUGACUUGACAAACCUGGACACAAGAUUGUCCUUCGACUCAUUUACAACACCUAAUGUCACUUCGACGACGAAUGACCCCGGGCCCGCUGUCAUACUUUUCAGCCGCCCCAGUAUUGUCGUUCCGAAGUCUUUGCUAGAACGGACUCGCCUCCUGUCGCUUCGUAAAGACCAGAAUCAGAUUGACAUAGCAGCUUUCAUCUACUCCACUCUCGAGCAGCUCGUGGCCAAUGGCAUGAUAGACGAAGACCAACAAACAGAGGAGCUUGCAGAGAAGGCUGCAUCUCAUGCAGGUGGCAUGUUCCUGUGGGCGAGGUUACUCGAUAGCUAUCUCAACACAGAUGGCCUCACCGUACAGGAAAGACUGGAUGCGCUAGGUGAUCUUGUGUACCUUGAAGGCUUAGACAAUUUGUACAACGCGAUCUUCUGGCGAUUGCAGACAAAUUUGCCUUCGCAGGUGAGAACCAGGGUCAGAAAGGCGUUUCAAUGGAUUUACGGUGCUCGAAGACCUCUAUUCGUUGACGAACUGAGCGAAGCAGUCAAUUUACCGGCAGAUAGCACCGCUCACAUCGCUCAGAUUCCGAAAUUUCGAGAGGCCAUACCACGGAUUUCCGGUAGCUUGCUGGAAGUUACUGCAGAUGAUACUGUGAGCUUCAUACAUAGCUCUCUCUCUGAGUACUUGCAACACAGUCUGCAGAGGGAUUCAACCACUGAGGAGAAUCACGUUCGCUUGAUUCAGCCUCUUCAGACGGCAACUCACUUGGCAGCUUCUUGCGUGUCAUACCUAGCUAAAUACAUUCCCCCAGAGCCUCUGAGCGGCUCCACGAACACCACUGCAGACCUUAAGAUUCAGACACAGCGGUUUCCGUUACUUCCAUAUAUACUGCAAAACUGGACCUUUCACGUUAUUUCAGCCAUGAAAUAUGGCAGUUCCAAGGGGAACGCCGCUGUUGACCUGGAGCCGGAGCAAGUCUUAGGGCUCACGCAGCUCCUGAAUGAAAUCCACAGCUUCAUCCUCGACAAGAGGGCUGUUAUGACCUGGAUAGAAGCUUCUUGGUUGUUUGGAGCGCCGCCUCAGCUUGACGGCAUGGCAGUUUUCUCCAGGAAGAAUGUCUCUGUUCGCCGCUGUUCGACCGGAGCCGAUUCACAGAGUCUCGGAAACUUCUUUCAGGACAUCUCUAACUUUUCACGAGACCUCAAACGCCUCAACACCGACUGGGGCCACGUGCUACGCAAAACAUCAAAUGAGAUCUGGGAGCCCAGCAUCCGAUCUCUUUGUCGGUCACAAUUCUGGUUGGGAACAGAAGAGGCCACACUAGAUUCUCUGGAAGCAAGUGCUAAACAUCAGGGUCACAGAAUCUCGCUCGGAUCCAGAGUUUCUUCGAACGGUCUUGAGGUUGGAUUAGUCAGUCUCAUAGCACCAAGCUUUUCGUGGGAAGCUGGAUGUGAAGACUGCCUGAAGUUUCACCUUGGUCAAAUCGAGCUCGGCAAGGCAAAAGGAAAUCUCCCGCCGUGGAAGCUCUGCUUCGAGGUUUGGGAUUUAACCUCGAAGGUCACGAAGUUCAAGGUCUAUUCCACCAUCAGUUGUCAUGACUCGGAGUCCGAAUUUCAUCACUGUCUCAGCGGUCACUACCUUCCUACAACCAAUCUGAAAGUUACCUUUGGUAUUUCAGGUGAUCUGCGCAAGGUUCAAGUCAUGUCCGACCUCAUCAUCAUCAGGAGCCUCGACCCGUCGUUCCAAGACGAAAAUGGAUGGGGAUGCACUUACGACUGCGCCGUUCUCGGAAGGCCACGGAUAUUGGACAAUCCGACCAGUGUUCACUCAAUGUCGAUAUGGGGUAUCGUUUUCUCGGACGAUGGGAGAUACUUACUCUUCGCUCCGAAGUAUUCGGCUCUCCGCGUGUUCGCAUUCUCUAAUCCUGAAGAGAAGCCACAGCCUGUAGCGAAGACAAGCCCAACUGGACUGCUCUUUGCUUGUAGUGUCUUGGGCUAUAUAGCAUGCUUCCAUCCAUUCCUGCCGGCGCUUGCACUUGCACGUGAGAACGAAACGGUAAUUUGGAACUUUACUUCAGUAUCGGGUCAAGGUUAUGUCAAGGUCUCAUCGACUGUGCUUGUAAAGUUGAGAUUUUCGAACUGUGGAAAUUAUAUCAUGGGCUACGACCAUUACCAGCGAUCUCAGCGGCUAGAUUUUGUGAAUUGUCAUGAUGCAAUCAACACGCUGUUUCCAAGCCGUAGGCUUGAAACGGACGCAGCAGAGGCCUCGCCCGCACAAGAGAUUUCUCUUCCGGGCCAGAGACACAUUCCAUUCAAUGAAGCCAGGAACGCCCGUCAUCAUGCAGCCAGCAUUCAGCCCAUGGAUACCAUAACUUUCAGCUCUGGUGGACUGACAGACGAAGCGGCCGUGUCUGUAUUGCGGCAAUUCCUCUAUGAGGGAGCGUUACAGCUCACAACUCUUCGAAAGGAUGGCACGGCGACAAUAGAAACAAUCGCCCGGAUCCCCAAAAAUCUCGACUUCUCCAACGCAGUUAUGUUACGUACACGGUCUUCGAGCUCUAGAGAGACUAUUUCAUCCGAUAAUGAUGAGAAAGUUCGUCUGGUACUGAACAUACGUCAAAGACAGCACUAUACUCUUUCUCUUGCCGAUCACGAGCAGCCGAUGCCAAUUAUCUUUGAGAGGAGGAAGCAUACGAUUCCUGCGUCCAAUGUAAUGAUACAGGGCACCAUACAAUCUUCUCUGGACUCAACCAUUCCAGGAGCUCUAAAAUCAAGAGGCAUUAUUCCUUUACGAAUGAAACAGAUGAAUUUCGACAACGAGGGAGUAUCAGGAAGAGCACCAGUGGUUUGCGAAGGACAAGCUGGCAAUGCGAGAAGAUCUGAUCGAUUGCAUAUCAAGAAGCAGAUCAACAACACGAAACCGUCCGUUUAGGGCUGCAAUGGUGAUAAUUGGAGCAUAUCCCCAACAAACAUGAUUGGACCCUGCUCCAGAGGCGAGGUAAUGUUUGGUCUUCUGGAGAGCAACAGGCUCUUCGAUUGUUCCCAGAAGCUCGAAAAGAUCCAUGCCACGGUGUUCAACAUCGUCGACAGUUGCCGGAGCGUCCACUUUGAGCACCCACUCGAAUAUUUCCAAGCAGCCACUGACACAGCUCUGCUCGAUUGGGGAUAUACCAUUCUCCUUAGCGCGGUGUUGAAGGUAAAUUGGACCUGACCCGGGUAUGGGUACAAUUGAUCCGUUGCCCGGGCCGAAUUGACAUGAUAUCAGUGACGUGCCGGACUUGCUCAGGUUGAAGCGGCGAGCGUCAAGUCGUUCCCAGGCCCAGAGGUGGAAAUAGAAAGUACCCUUGUCAAGAUUCCGACGUCGAAUUGCCUGUUUCCAACGAA